AUGGAUCCAGAAGCCCGAGAUGAGAAAGCACGCAAAGAGUAUUACAGGAAGCUUGACUUCUUUUCAAAUGCGCAACAGGGGAUUCCCAAGCUGUGCCCCUGUGGAUCAAUCACGAAGCUUAUCGUAGACGAGGACGAUACCUAUGACUACCUACCGGGGAAGAGAUACUUUAUCUGUAAAGAUUUCGAGAAUGAUGGGAUGCAUUUCAGACAACCAUGGGUUAUGGGAAUGCAAGAAGAAGUUGAGAGGCUCAAAGAACGAUUUGAUGAGCAGGAGAAGGUCCUCAAAGAGUGCCAGGCACUUAAGAUGAGAGUCUCAAACUCAAAUUAUUCUUUCACAAUCGGUUUAGUAUUGAUUUUUCUGUGUUUUCUUUUCAGGACCAGGUCAGGAUGCUGCUGCGGCGUGUGGUUGAGCUCGAGAGAGCCAGCUUAG